AUAUAAAAUUAGGUCAUAAAAAUGUGGUUAAAACCUGGGAAAUUAAAACGUUGAUUGGCAUAGGGCAUUAAUUCUGUGUGUUCAUAUUGUCUUGGAGUGGCACCUGUUGAAAUACGACACUGGAUUUCUUUGAACAUCAUUUUUUGUUCUGUUAUUUGGAUACUUUCAGGAUAAGAGAGGCCGUUGAUUCUAGUUAGCGGACACGAUGGUUAGAGGAGAGUCGAAGUGAGGCCGUCACGAUGGAGUUUGGGAUGGCAGCCAUUGAGAGGACAUACUGACAUGGCCAUGUUACGCAGCGUUUUUGGUGGCUGUGUUUCUGACAGAAGUGCUGAGACCAUGCGUCUUAAAAAACUGAAAUUUGGUGCUCCAAUCUCGACAGCUCUGAAGAAUGGGUACCUCCCAAUCCCCCUAAUGGAACUUUUGGUGUAUAUUGCGCAUGAAGGAAUGAAUACUGCCGAUUUGUUUCGCCGUCCAGGAAACCCUCGCGAUACUCGACGAAUCGUCAAACGAAUGUCUGAAGGGAAACCAGUGAUUUUCCAGAAUUAUAACCUGUACACCCUAACAACAGUUGUCAAGAAAUUUCUGUUACGGAUCCCUGAUGGUAUUUUUGGCAAGGAAGGGGAGGCCACUCUGUUGUCCGUUCUGUCACUUCAACACAAGAUGGAGCAGUAUGAAGCUGUUCAUGCAUUCCUAACAUCCCUGAGCCGUGGACAUCAACAGUUGGUCUCUCUCUUGUUUGGUAUCUGGUUCACCAUGAUCAACAACAGCCACGUCAAUUUCAUGACAACGGAAGCCUUGUCUCGCAGCGUGGCCGGCAGUAUGUUUCACUCCUGUGCCACCGACCCUGCGAUGGUGGAACAGGCGAGCCAGGUGAUGCAGAUACUAAUAGAGAACUUUGGCGUGGCCAGCAUGUUUGGACAAGAAAACAUUGAGUUCUUCGCUGAGACGACAAGGACUAGUAUCCAUAUCAAAGAAAAAUUCCGCUACCAUUUCCAGUAUCCCCCCGAGGAUAUUUUACCAGGGAGAGAGGCGUUAAAAUGGUUUUGUUUGUACCUGUGUUAUGAAGCACGGGACAAAAGAUUCCAUCCUGUAGAAAACGCGAUUACAGAAGAAGGUUUUUACGAAUCGUCACGGAGACAAGACCACGAGGAGGAAGUGAUGGAGAUGGUGGACCAGUCUCCUGAUUUACGUCAUUAUCUCAGUCCCCGCGGCGACGGAGAAUCAGCCACACGACAACUCGCGGCAUCCACCAUCUCAGCCCCCGAGGUGUCCCUCGUACCCUCCCCCGGAGUCAUCAGUAAAAGACCAAAGUCGCUGGAGGACAACUUGAAUGAUGUGGAUGAGCCACUACAGCCUCGGCCGAGCUUGAGCCGAUUUAAUUCAGUGAAGCGUAAACAAUUGGAGAGACUGCGCCAGCGUUCAGACUGGUUCUUAGGACCAAACACCAACAAUCAGGGGUCAUUACCAUUAUCACCCGAUCAAAGUUCUCAUUCGGACUCCAGAGCUUCUUACAACACAGAAAAACUUCACAAAAAAAUGUCCGGGAAUUCUGUGACUAAAGCGUCGUCGGAGGGUACGGCCCUGGACUUCGCUUCCUCCGACGCUGAUAGUGUGUUUUCAGAUCGGAGCGAGUCCCCGGCCUCGGAACCAUUGCCAACGCCGAGUGUGACUAUAACUCGUGACAUCAUCCAUAGUGACACGAUCACCGACGUCUCCAUGGCAGAGGGCGACAUCACCAUGGAGGAAAUGGCGCCGCGGAAGGACAGCGACGGAGAAAUUUGCGGCUCCGAGUACUGCUUUUUUGUCGUAGAGCAUAAUUACGGUGACAAAGGAUCCUAGCGUCAGGAAAUCCUCCGAUCCAACAAGCAGCUAAAUCCACGUCACCCGACACAUCGCAAUAUUUGUUUUUGUUUUUAUAUAUUGGUGUAUUGAUUGAGAAACUUAAAUUUAAUGCACAUUAUGUGAGAGAAAGUCGGUAUCUGUGGUCAUUGUAUGUAGUUGUUGUGAACUUCUUGAAAUUUUUUUCUUAUACAUUGUAUGUUUAAAUUAACCCUUGAUUUUUUAAGGGACAAAUUUGUGUGGAAUCAAAAAGGUGUUUCAAAUGUGAGGCAAGGAUCAUACAGGGGUGUAAUGAUCAUUUGUAUAAUCUGUUGUUGCCUAAACUUUUUUUUGAUGAAUAACAAUGUUGUACAUGUCACUCAGAUUGCAGUUUUUUGCCUCAAGUUUUUUUUUUUUUAACACUUUUGUUGAAGAGAACGAGAUAAACUAAGAAACUUUCCAUGUCCCUACUUAUAGGAUUUUUUGCUAGGUUCCUUCAUUCUUCAUAGAUAAAAUUUAUGAGAAAUGCACAUCCAUGGACGCUAGAUCAGGGUUAGAAUAUUUAUUACCUCCCAUACACUAACACAAGCAUUAACAUGAUUAAUAUACUUUGCACUAUUUAGCAAUUAAUGUUACUAUUUUUAACUUCAUAACAAUGGGAGUAGAGGGUCCAAUCUAGAAACCUUGCCUUAACACAUCAUCAUAGAGAAGCAGAUAUUUAACUAAUUAAUUAAAAUCAAUUAAUUAUAAUCAAGACACACAUGUCGGAUUACUAUGCACAUUUUUGACACUGCUUUGAGAUCGGUUUUAUUUUUGGACCAGGCAGAGUAUUUAGGUUGAAAAUUUACACUCAGGUAUUUUCAAAUUUUCCUGAAUUUUGUUAUUUUCUCCAGAACAUCUUAUACAAUACAUAAUCUUUUUAGUAUUUGAAUCAUUUGUUUUUAUGGAAAAGGAUGUGAUCAGAAAACUUAAGUUGUGAGAAAAUUUCUUUUAAAUCAUUUUCCUUAACCAAAUGGAUUUUCAGAGCUAUCCAUUUGCUUUUAUGAAUGUAAAAUUCACUUUUCUGUAUGCUAAUAAUGUGUCACUAAACAUAUUGCAGAUAAAAUAUAUAAUGGUAAAACAUAAAGACCAUAUUUGCUUUUGAAAAUCUUUUUAAAAAAAUGAAAACUUGAUCAGAAAAAAAGUUCCUCCCAAUUGCAACCCUGUGAUGUCAAUGAACAUUUUUUUUUUGGCAAAGGCAAUGACACAGUUUAAUCAAAAUUAACUACUGAGAUUUUGAAGUAGUUGUACACCUUUUUUUAACGGUUGACUACCUGACCCUACUGGUGAGGCCAUUUAAAUUUUUCUUUAUUGAUGAACUCUAAACCACAUUUUUUGACGUGGGUAGGUAAGAUUUCUUUUUUGAAUUAGACCAUGCCAAGUUUUUCUCUAUUAAGAAUCAUUCUUCUUC